AUGGAUUUUGAUACUGAAAAUGAGAAACCAAUUUCACCUUCUAAUAAGGACGAAAGUAAUUGCAUGGAUGAUAGUAAGCAUGAUGAUAUGAACUAUCAUGGUAUAAAUCAUUUAGGUGAUUCAGUUGAUUUCAAUUUUGAGAAUAUCAAUGAGGAUGCGGUUAGACAACUAGUAUUCGAAAGUCUUGAUGAUGCAGAGAAAUUUUACACAUUGUAUGCCGGUGUAGUUGGUUUUGGCAUUAGGAAACAAGGUGUAAAACGUAAAACCGCGGAUGACAUCAUAAAGUACAGGGAAUGGGUGUGCGCAUGCGAGGGAUUCCGCAGACGACCGAAAGCUGACUAUACUAGGAAACGAGAGGCAAAAGUUGUGACCAGGUGUGGUUGUAUAGCAUGCUUUCGUGUUGCACAUGACCGUUUUUCAGGGCACUAUUCAGUGACAAAGUUUGAGCGUCAACAUAAUCACGAUUUACGAGGUUACAAGAAAAGGUACAUUUCAAUGCCCGACAAGUGUAUGCUGAAUUUAAUUACAGAUGCCGGAUUUAGGCCGUGUCAAGCUAUGGAUUUGUUGGAGCAACUUGCUGGAGGUGUUGGAAAAAUGUCUUUCACAAGAAAGGAUGGUUACAAUUGGUUGAACAGUAUGCGAUUAAAAAGAAUCGAAGGCGGUGAUGUGAAUACGUCAUUAGCUAUAUUUGAAAGCAUGAAGAUAAAGGAUAGUGAGUUUUUUUACAAAUACACAGUGAAUGACCAAGGGGCACUUUCAAAACUCUUUUGGUGCGAUGGAGCUUCCAGGGCUGAGUAUGAAAUAUUUGGCGAUGUCUUAAUAUUCGAUAGUACAUAUAAGACAAACAAGUAUUUUUAUCCUCUGGUUAUUUUUUCUGGUACCAACAACCACGGUUCAACGUUUAUUUUUGGUGCAUCUUUUAUGUACAACGAGACAAUUGAAUCAUAUCGAUGGUUGUUGCAAGCAUUUCUUGAGGCAAUGAAUGGCAAAGUUCCGGGUUCUGUGUUAACAGAUCAGGACUCAUCUAUGGUAGCAGCAAUUUCAUCAGAAUUUCCUGGAGCGAAACAUAGGCUUUGUAGUUGGCAUCUUGGGAGAAAUGUUCGACAAAAUAUAAAAGUGGCAGAUUUUUGUUCUGAUUUUAUGAGAUUAUUGAAAGAACCGUGCUCCAUUGAUGAGUUUGAGAUAAGCUGGCUUAACAUGGUUGAGAUGUAUGAGGUAGCAGAAAAGUCAUGGGUUAUUGACAUGUACAAGAAAAAAAAGAUGUGGGCAGAGGCAUAUUUUCGUGGACAUUUUAUGGCCAUGGCAUGUACAACUCAGAGGGCUGAAUCUAUGAACUCAUUGAUCAAGCUUGCGGUCACUCAAAUGAUGAGUUUUGCCGAGUUUGUAAAUCAAUUUGAACGCAAAAUACAAGGGUUAAGAAGUUCUUUCCUUAGUCAGCAAAACGAUUUAGAAAAAUUCAAGCCUGCUGUCAGAGAGAGUCCUCUUCAAGGGCUUGAGAAACAUGCUGCUAGUAUAUGCACGAAACAAAUUUUCUAUAUGAUACGUGAAGAGAUUGAAGCAGAGCAAGGUCUUUUGGUGGAAAAUCAUAUUAAGAUAAGUGAAGAACAUUGUAAAUUUAUAUUUAAAAAUUACAACAAAUCUGAUGAUGCACGGUAUUAUGUAAUUAUUGACAAGUUUAAUAGUAUUUUCGCGUGCAGUUGCCUGAAGCUUGAGUCCGAGGGUGUGCCCUGCCGACAUAUCAUAUCGUCCUUCAAGUUUAUGGGGAUGACAGAGUUUCCAGAAAAAAGUAUACAUACCCGUUGGCUUCUUGAUACGGGUAGAAUACUGAAAAGUAAAUUUCCUGAAGCUAUCCCAGUAGUUGGACGGCAACAAACACGUUUUGCGCAUUUAAAUAAGGAGUUUCUUCACUUGUCUUACCUAUCAUCUCACACGGAGUCCAAAUUUGUUGAAUGCCUCACGCAAGUAAGAAAAUUUUCCAAUGAGGCAGCCGAAGAAUUCUCAAAGCACGACGUCAAUGUUGAUAGCAUGUCUUUUGAAAAUGUUGACGACCCCCCAGUAUGUACAAAAUCUAGCAAUGUUAAUGAUCCUAAACGAAUAAAGACAAGAGGGGCAAGUCGUGCUAAACAACAAAAAUGUAGUUUUUGCAGGGAGUUUGGGCAUAAAGCUAGCACAUGUAUUGUUAAUCCUGACACUGCCUCUCGACGUACUAAUGCUCAUGCCAAGAAGUCAAGAUUUAAAAAAGGAACCAGUAAUAAACAUCAGGAUGGUUCUCAAAAUUCAAUAGAAACAUCUGAUAGUUUGAUAUGUUGA